UGACAAAACGGCAUAAAAUUUCGAAAUUUUGUAAAGAAUGGCGUUGCGCCGUUCAGCGAAUGAAAAUGGCAAUUUUAUAGAUCAUACAAAACAGACACCGAUGCGGUUAUUCAAAGAUCGAAAUUGUGAACGAUCUAAUAUUGCGGCAGAAGUGGAACAAACAAUUCCACGGAAUGAAGCAUGGGGUAGUUUUUGGUUUCGCAUUUUCGAAUUAUUCGUCACUUCUCCAACGGUGAAGAGAACUACUCCUGUACCUCCAAACGCACCCAUAAAACCGAGAAAAUCUUUCUUUAAAGUAGGAUUAAAACCUAAAAAGCUUCGUUUCACAGAUAAGGAAAAGGAUGAAAUAGAUGGCGAAAACCGUUCUCAAAAAAGCGCGGAUUAUUCAAUAAAAGUGCUUGAUCACAAAGAAGCAUUUUCGAAAAAAAAGGGCGAAUUGAAAGAAAAAUCAAGUAGAGAAAAUUUGAGCGCUAUGUUGCGAAAUAUACGACUCGAAACAGAUGAUAAAGAGAAUAAGCAAUAUGAAAAUGAACGAUAUGAAAGAAAAGUGAAAGACGGUCGUUAUUCUGUAAAAGAACGUGGAAAAUAUCGCAAUAAUUGUACGCAAUCCUUGAAACUAAACUGUAAUACGAAAGAUAAAUUUGUACACUUUCGUAUAUAA